CGGCGCUUCUGGAAGAUGGCGAGCGGCGGGGACGCGCGGCCGCCCUGGGGGCUCCUCCCGCGGCCGCGGAGCCUUUUGCUGCUGCUGCUGCCGCUGCUGCUGCUGCGGAGCCCGGCGCGGGCGGCGCACAUCAAGAAGGCGGAGGCCACCACGACCACAACGAGCGCUGGCGCCCCGGCGGCCGAGGGCCAGUUCGACCGCUACUAUCACGAAGAGGAGCUGGGCAAGGCGCUGAGGGAGGCGGCGGCCGCCGCGGGGACCCCCGGCCUGGCCCGCCUCUUCAGCAUCGGCCGCUCGGUGGAGGGCCGACCGCUCUGGGUGCUGCGUCUCACGGCCGGCCUGCCCGAAGGCGACGCGGGACCGGACGCCGAGGGGCCGGACGCGGGGGGACCGCUGAUCCCCGGCCGGCCGCAGGUGAAGCUGGUGGGCAACAUGCACGGCGACGAGACCGUGUCGCGCCAGGUGCUGGUGUACCUGGCCCGCGAGCUGGCGGUCGGUUACCGCCGCGGCGAUCCACGCCUCGUCCGCCUGCUCAACACCACCGACGUGUACGUGCUGCCCAGCCUCAACCCCGACGGCUUCGAGCGGGCACGCGAGGGCGACUGCGGCCUCGGCGACGGCGGUCCUCCCGGGGCCAGCGGCCGGGACAACAGCCACGGCCGAGACCUCAACCGCAGCUUCCCGGACCAGUUCAGCACCGGAGAGCCCCCGGCCCUGGACGAGGUGCCCGAGGUGCGCGCCCUCAUCGACUGGAUCCGCAAGAACAAGUUUGUGCUUUCUGGAAACCUUCAUGGUGGCUCGGUGGUAGCAAGCUAUCCUUUUGAUGAUUCUCCAGAACAUAAGGCCACUGGUAUCUAUAGCAAAACCUCAGAUGAUGAAGUCUUCAAGUACUUGGCAAAAGCUUAUGCAUCCAACCACCCCAUAAUGAAAACCGGAGAACCUCAUUGCCCAGGAGAUGAAGAGGAGACUUUCAAAGAUGGAAUCACCAACGGUGCACACUGGUAUGAUGUGGAAGGUGGCAUGCAAGAUUACAAUUAUGUCUGGGCCAACUGUUUUGAGAUCACAUUAGAGCUAUCUUGUUGCAAGUACCCACCAGCUUCACAACUUCGACAAGAAUGGGAAAAUAAUCGGGAAUCUUUGAUCACCUUGAUCGAAAAGGUUCACAUUGGAAUUAAAGGAUUUGUUAAAGAUUCAGUAACAGGUUCUGGUUUGGAGAAUGCAACCAUCUCAGUAGCUGGUAUUAAUCAUAAUAUCACAACAGGAAGAUUUGGUGAUUUCCACAGAUUACUUGUUCCUGGAACUUACAACCUCACAGCAGUUUUAACUGGAUAUAUGCCGCUGACUGUUAAUAACAUAGUGGUGAGAGAAGGACCAGCCACUGAAGUGGAUUUUUCCCUCCGGCCUACUGUGGCUUCAGGAAACCUUGACACAGCCGAGGCCGUAGCAACUGUUAGUACAGUUGCUGCACCUAAUAUUCCCCCUGGAACAUCAUCCUCCCACCAGCCAAUUCAGCCAAAGGACUUCCGCCAUCACCAUUUUCCUGAUAUGGAAAUCUUUUUGAGAAGAUUUGCCAAUGAGUAUCCUAAUAUCACUCGACUUUAUUCACUGGGAAAAUCAGUAGAAUCAAGAGAACUUUAUGUGAUGGAGAUAUCAGACAAUCCAGGUGUACAUGAACCAGGUGAACCAGAAUUUAAGUAUAUUGGAAAUAUGCAUGGAAAUGAAGUGGUCGGACGAGAACUGCUAUUGAACCUCAUCGAAUACCUUUGUAAGAACUUUGGGGUGGAUUCUGAAGUAACGGAUCUGGUUCGCAGUACUAGAAUUCACAUUAUGCCAUCCAUGAAUCCUGAUGGCUAUGAAAAGUCCCAGGAAGGAGAUUCAGUAAGUGUGAUUGGCAGAAAUAACAGCAACAACUUUGACCUGAAUCGGAAUUUCCCAGACCAGUUUGUUCAGAUUACAGAUCCUACCCAACCAGAAACGAUUGCGGUAAUGAGCUGGAUGAAGUCCUAUCCAUUUGUGCUAUCAGCAAACCUGCAUGGAGGUUCUUUGGUAGUUAACUAUCCUUUUGAUGAUGAUGAGCAGGGACUUGCCACAUACAGCAAAUCACCAGAUGAUGCUGUGUUUCAACAAAUAGCACUUUCUUAUUCCAAGGAAAAUUACCAGAUGUUUCAAGGCAGACCAUGCAAAAAUAUGUACCCUAAUGAAUAUUUUCCUCAUGGAAUAACAAAUGGUGCUAGCUGGUAUAAUGUCCCAGGUGGAAUGCAGGACUGGAACUACUUACAAACAAAUUGCUUUGAAGUGACUAUUGAACUGGGUUGUGUCAAAUACCCAUUUGAGAAAGAUUUACCAAAGUUUUGGGAGCAGAAUCGAAGAUCUCUGAUCCAGUUUAUGAAACAGGUUCAUCAGGGUGUCAAAGGAUUUGUGCUAGAUGCCACAGAUGGCAGGGGUAUUUUAAACGCCACCAUCAGUGUUGCUGAAAUUAAUCACCCAGUGACUACUUACAAAACUGGAGACUAUUGGCGUCUCUUGGUUCCAGGAACUUAUAAAAUCACAGCAUCUGCUCGAGGGUACAAUCCCGUUACCAAGAAUGUGACAGUCAAGAGUGAUGGUGCGAUUCAAGUCAACUUCACACUUGUUCGAUCUUCAAUAGAUUCAAACAAUGAGUCAAAGAAAGGAAAGGGGGAUAACACAAACACUGAUUAUACUACUGAUCCAACUACUAAAGAAUUUGAAGCUUUAAUUAAAGACCUUUCAGCUGAGAAUGGUUUGGAAAACCUCAUGUUAAGCUCUUCCUCAAAUCUGGCUCUUUAUCGUUAUCAUUCAUACAAAGACCUAUCAGAGUUUUUGAGAGGACUUGUAAUGAACUAUCCACAUAUUACAAAUCUUACCAAUUUGGGACAGAGUGCUGAAUAUCGACACAUUUGGUCCCUUGAAAUCUCCAACAAGCCCAACAUGUCGGAGCCUGAAGAGCCCAAGAUUCGCUUUGUUGCUGGUAUCCACGGAAACGCUCCUGUUGGAACUGAACUGCUUUUGGCUCUAGCGGAAUUUCUCUGCCUGCACUACAAAAAGAACACAGCUGUUACCCAAUUGGUUGACAGGACUAGGAUUGUGAUUGUCCCUUCCCUGAAUCCAGAUGGACGAGAAAGAGCACAAGAGAAAGACUGUACUUCAAAGGCAGGACAAACAAAUGCUCAUGGCAAAGACCUGGAUACAGACUUCACCAAUAAUGCCUCCCAACCUGAGACUAAAGCCAUCAUUGAAAAUUUGAUUCAAAAACAGGACUUCAGUCUUUCUGUUGCUUUGGAUGGUGGUUCUGUGCUGGUCACGUACCCGUAUGACAAGCCAGUACAGACAGUGGAAAACAAGGAGACUCUAAAGCAUUUGGCAUCUCUCUAUGCAAAUAAUCAUCCAUCAAUGCACAUGGGUCAGCCCAGCUGCCCAAAUAAAUCAGGCAAGUGUUUUCCAUACUCUGUUAUUAUUGCUUUUGCAGAGGAGGGAUUUCCCUCUGUUGAUCUCACUAAUUCUGUCUCUCUCACUGCUUUUGUAGAUGAGAACAUUCCAGGAGGAGUAAUGCGUGGAGCAGAAUGGCACAGUCACUUGGGCAGCAUGAAGGAUUAUAGCGUCACCUAUGGCCAUUGUCCAGAGAUCACAGUGUAUACAAGCUGCUGCUACUUUCCCAGUGCUGCACAGCUCCCUUCCUUGUGGGCAGAAAAUAAAAGAUCUCUUCUUAGCAUGUUAGUAGAGGUUCACAAGGGAGUACAUGGAUUUGUUAAAGAUAAAACUGGAAAACCAAUCUCCAAAGCAGUCAUUGUGCUCAAUGAAGGAAUAAAAGUACACACCAAAGAGGGAGGGUAUUUCCAUGUACUGUUAGCUCCAGGUGUCCAUAACAUCAACGCCAUCGCAGAUGGCUACCAGCAGCAACAUUCCCAGGUCUUUGUGCAUCAUGAUGCAGCUAGCUCUGUGGUGAUUGUCUUUGACGCAGAUAACCGGAUAUUUGGCUUGCCAAGAGAGCUUGUGGUAACUGUAUCAGGAGCCACCAUGUCAGCCCUGAUCCUGACAGCUUGCAUCAUCUGGUGUAUCUGCUCAAUCAAGUCUAACAGACACAAGGACGGCUUCCACCGACUCCGGCAGCACCAUGAUGAAUACGAGGACGAAAUUCGCAUGAUGUCAACAGGCUCCAAGAAGUCUCUCCUAAGCCAUGAGUUCCAAGACGAGACUGACACAGAAGAGGAAACAUUAUAUUCUAGCAAACAUUGAAAAACACCCUUUGCAUUUCUCCCAGCAUAAGUACCAAGUAACAUUACAGUUCCUCUUGGGAGAUUCUGCAUUAAGAAGAGACUAUCCUGCUUCUUCAAAGAGCUUUGGGAAGUUAACUUGCUAACUUUUUAUUCUCUGUGAAUUUCAAAGGCAAUUUUGAACUUCCCUUCCUUAAAGUACUCUUAGCCUUCAAAAAAAGAAAUCUGACUUCUAUUUAUGCAGCAGAGAUGGGACAGCCACUUUGUUUUUCUUUUUAAUUUAAAAUGAGCUAUUUGGAGUUUUAUGUAAUAACAGUAUAAAGCCAACUAGUAGAUGUUGUAUUUUGCACAUGAGGUGUUUACUAGUGGCGUUAGCCUUUUUUUUUUUCCUUUAUUUUUAAAUGGCCAAAAGAAUCCAGAAACAUUAAGGCAGGGACAGCAGUCAGAUUCUGACAUAAAGCUUUAAAAACUCAGUGUUUUCUCAACCUACUGAGGAGUACUUCUCUCUAGUUAUUAAAUAGCUGGAGCUUCUCUUAUUCAGGUUUAAUGGAGGUUGAAUUGAUUUUUAAGCAUAUAUAAUGUUAGGAAGUGAAUAAAUGGGCUUCCGCAUUUGUCUUUCUACCUGUUUCUAGGCUAGAUCAGAACUGGUGGGCUGUGCUGGAUUUCACUACCUCUCUUGUAAGGUUUAACAAAUUUCUAAAUAAUCCCCCAUUUUAUGGGAGAACAUACUGACUUGUGAAAGACCUAAGUGUCCACUUGAAGGAAACUGAGAGGACGAUCUAGCAGAAGCUGAAACUCAUGUUGCCUAUCUUUUAACUUGGUAAAAACCCACAGGUGCUGCUGCUUUUAUCUGUGAAGAACUAGUUUAUUCUAGGAAUGCCUGAUUCUGUAACAUUGCCUAAAUCUGAACUUUUUUCUAUGUUGUA